AUGGGACAUGAGUGUGUAUCAAUUGGUGCCACUGACCGCUGCAUUACUGUAACUGCAUCCUUCCUCAAGGACGGGGUUUAUAUGGAGAAUGAUAUCCAGUGUAGUUUCCUAGUUGGGACAGAUGGUGCAGGAAGUACUGUGAGGAAGCUUGUAGGAAUAGAUAUGAGAGGCGAAAAGGACUUGCAGAAUCUUGUUAGUGUCCAUUUCUCAAGCCAAGACCUUGGACAGUACUUGCUCAGUGAAAGACCUGGCAUGCUAUUUUUUAUUUUUAAUACUGAAGGUAUAGGGGUUCUUGUUGCUCAUGAUCUGAAGCAAGGGGAAUUUGUAUUGCAGGUACCAUUUUAUCCACCUCAGCAGAAGCUUGAGGAUUUCAGCUACAAGAUGUGUGAAAGGUUAAUCAUCAAAUUGGUUGGCCAAGAGCUUGCAGACAUAGAUGUGAUAGAUAUAAAGCCAUGGGUGAUGCAUGCUGAAGUUUCUGAGAGAUUUGUAUCUUGUGACAACCGAAUAAUAUUAGCUGGUGAUGCUGCUCAUCGUUUUCCUCCAGCUGGUGGUUUUGGAAUGAAUACUGGCAUUCAGGAUGCUCAUAAUCUUGCCUGGAAAUUAGCCUCUGUUAUCAAGGGUACUGCUCCAUUGUCACUUGUUGCCACUUAUGAAAUGGAACGUAGGCCGAUUGCAAUUUUCAAUACUGAACUCAGUGUCCAAAAUUUUAGAGCAGCAAUGGAAGUUCCUGCUGUCCUUGGUCUUGAUCCAACUAUUGCAAAUUCAGUGCAUCGAGUUAUCAAUAAUACGUUUGGUUCCAUAUUACCGUCUGGACUACAGAGGGUGAUUCUGGAUGGGCUUUUCACUAUAGGUCGAGCACAGCUUUCAGAUUUUGUCUUGAAUGAGAACAAUCCAUUUGGUUCUUUGAGACUUGCUAAACUAAGGAGAAUCUUUGAAGAAGGAAAGAGCCUUCAACUCCAAUUUCCUGCUGAAGAUCUAGGUUUCAGGUACCUUAAGGGAGCAAUUGUACCAGAUGAUGAUAGUGUGUUGGAAGCACCAGAAGCCCCUACUGGUCGUAGGCGGGACUAUGUUCCCUCUGCAGAUCCAGGCUCAAGGCUGCCUCAUAUGAAUGUAAGGUUGUUAGCAAAACUAUCAAGUGAGGAAACGUUUUCCACAUUGGAUCUCGUAGCAGUGGAUAAAGUUGAGUUUCUUCUUAUUAUUGCACCAGUGGAGUCAUCCUACCGCCUAGCUCAUGUUACAUUCAAGAUAGCAGAGGAAUUCAAUUCUUCCGUAAAGGUGUGUGUGGUGUGGCCAGAUGGUACUGUUGAUGGAGCUGCAAGAAGUAAGGAAGCAUUUGACCCUUGGGAAAAUUACAUAGACGUUGUGGAAGUGAGGCGGUCAACAACUUCAUUGUCAUGGUGGGAUAUCUGCCAGAUGACACACAGAGGAGCCAUUCUAGUUAGGCCCGACGAGCACAUUGCUUGGCAUGUGAAGUCAGUAGUGGUUGGAGAUCCUACUUUGGAGAUGAAAAGGGUUUUCUCUUCCGUUUUAGGAGUCCAAUCCACCGGCCUACAGUAA